UGAAAGAGUGACUCAAUUGAGGGGUGGUAUAAAGAGAUUUUCAUGGCUGCUGUCCAAAAUUCAGAGUAUCUCAUUGUUUUUCCCAACUAUCUUAUGUUUCUGGUGUUAUACUAGAGACUGGCAUCAUCGUUAUUGCGGCAAUUCGAUCUUGUUGUGCUGUCUGGACCCAGUUCCGGUACCGCCGCCCUAGAUAUUUUCCAAACCUCGGCGGUGGGCUCUCACUGCUUUGAUAAGAUCUCACGCAACCCAAUCGACCACAGUUACCCGGCUCUUCACAUCUCCCCUCCGUACCCCUACAUUUUGAAACCGGAAACAGUCAUGGUGGGCUUCAGUCGAUGUGCGUUGAGCCAAUUGAGGCAACCUAAAGCUCAAUUGGUUCGGUCCUUUUCUCACAUCCCAUCCCGAGCUUAUUCUGCCCCGUCCAGCUCCAUCCCCGCGGCCAAGAAGAAGUACAUCCCAACCUCAGGCACAUACCCCCUCGGCUUCCAGGUGUCAGGCACCAUCGUUGGAGUUAAGCCCAGCAACACAACAAAACCAGAUCUCGCUCUCUUGACAUCCGAAGUACCAUGUGCUGCCGCCGCCGUCUUCACCAAGAACAAGUUUCAGGCCGCCCCCGUUACUUUCAGCCGUGCUCUGUUGCAAAAGAAGGGAAAUAAGGGCAUCCAGGGGGUGGUCAUCAACUCGGGAUGCGCCAAUGCCGUCACUGGAAAGGGUGGUUUGGAGGAUGCCGCCAAGAUGGCUCAGGCGGCUGACAAGUGCCUCGGUCAGAGUGAUAGCACCAUUGUCAUGAGCACUGGUGUCAUCGGACAGAGGCUGCCCAUCGACAAGAUCAUCAACAACGUGCCAAAGGCCCACAGUGCUUUGGGCGGGUCCCACGAGCACUGGCUCACCAUGGCCAAGGCCAUCUGCACCACUGAUACCUUCCCCAAGCUCAUCUCCCGCACUUUUACUUUGCCCUCCUCGCCAGGCGUGGAGUAUAGGAUAGCGGGUACCACCAAGGGAGCGGGCAUGAUUCACCCCAACAUGGCCACCCUUUUGGGUGUUAUUGCCACGGAUGCCCCUCUCUCGUCGUCGGCUCUUCCAUCGGUUCUCAAGCACGCCGUCGACCGUUCCUUCAACAGCAUCACCAUUGACGGUGACACGUCGACCAACGACACUGUUGCGUUGUUGGCCAACGGUAUGGCUGGAGGAAAGGAGGUUGUGGAGGGCACACCUGAUUAUGAGGCCUUCCGUGAGGUUCUCACCAAGUUCUCUACAGAGUUGGCGCAGUUGAUUGUGCGUGAUGGUGAGGGUGCUACCAAGUUUGUGACAAUCAAGGUGGUGGAUUCCGCUAGCGAGGAGGCUGCUCGGAAGAUUGCGAGCACCAUUGCGAGAUCGCCACUUGUCAAGACUGCCUUGUAUGGCAAGGACGCAAACUGGGGCCGCAUUCUGUGCGCCACCGGCUACUCCCUGAUUUCCGAGCCUAGCGAGCCCAUCAACGAUGUUCCUGAGAUUGUCCCUGAGAAGACCAAUGUCUCGUUCGUGCCCACGGAUGGCACUACUGAGCUCAAGCUGUUGGUGAACGGAGAGCCUGAGCAGGUUGAUGAGGCGAGAGCUGCUGAGAUUUUGGAGCUCGAGGAUCUUGAGAUUUUGGUCAGGCUCGGAACUGGCGACAAGCAAGCCACUUACUGGACCUGCGACUACAGUCAUGAGUACAUUACCAUCAACGGUGACUACCGCACAUAA